AUGGAGAAAAGAAAUAGGUAUGGUCGUUUUUAUCUGAAUGGGAAGUCAUUAUCCACUGAUUUGAGAGGAUUAAUUGUCCAAGACAUUUGUGAUAUGGGAGGUGAUAUUAUAACCAAAAAAGUACCGAAAGGUGUGAAAAAGGAAUUGGCAAAAAAGUACAAACUUGUUCCUGACACAAUCACGAAAGUUUGGCUCAAGCACACUGAGGGUGAGCAACUAGGCAAGAAGUCAACGGGUCGACCAAAAAUCCUAGCUAAAGAAGACAUAGAAUUUAUAUCGGCUUUGAAAACAGCACGUCCGAGUAUGCAAUUAGAGACUAUUAGAGAGCAAGUAAUUCAAAAUUCAAACACAGUACAAAAUGUGAGCACCUCGACCGUUUGUCGGACUUUGAAAAAGGACUUGUCCAUGACUUUCAAAAAAAUCACAAAAUAUGACAAAGAUCGAUUUACUCUGUAUAACUUGAUCUUCACUCAACAGUUCUUGAAUUAUAUUCAACAUAAGAAUCCAUAUACUUUAAAAUUUAUGGAUGAGAUGGGAAUAAGCCUUUCGAGCGGUAAUCCCAACUAUGGUCACUCAGUAAAGGGCACGCGUUGUGUUGAACUCACUAGGUACAAACGUCAAGCAAAUUUAACUGUCAGCAUCAUAGUAGGUAUUACUGGUGUUAAAUAUGUCAACAUUAUUGACGGGCCUUCAAAUACUGCUGAAUUUCUAAAGUUUGUAGGUGAAGCCGUUAAUAGUUACACCGAUGAGGGGGAAGCGGUAUUUUCCCCUGGGGAUUGUCUUGUUGUAGACAAUGCCCCCAUCCAUCAUAACGCAUCGGAAAGAAUCCUUCGCACUUAUUUACCGACUCUGGGGAUUGAUUACCUUUUCUUACCGGCGUAUUCUCCUGACAUGAACCCCGCCGAGCAGUGCUUCAGGAAGGUAAAAACUUUACUAAAAAGUGACAGGUAUAUGGCACCAAUGGAGAAAAGUCUGAAAGUGGCUGUAUUUAAAGCAUUUUCUGAAGUAAGCGCAGGAGACACACGGUCAUUUUUUCAUGCAACCGAAAUUGUUAACUGUUAA